AUGGGCUCCCUCGAUAUCCCACAGACACAAACAGUCGCACUUGUCCGCAACCUAGGCGGCCAAGUCGAGUUCAAAACAGACUACCCCGUUCCAACCCCAGGACGCAACGAAGUCCUUGCUAAAGUGCUAUACACCGGUGUGUGCCAGAGCGACCUACACACCAAAGCCGGCACCGCUGCCGGACCCGACGGCAACCCAAUAACAAAGAUCAAGCUGCCCCACGUUGGGGGCCACGAAGGCAUCGGGCAGGUGAUUGCUCUCGGUCCUGAGAUCACGCACGACACGGGUCUCAAGGUGGGCGGACUGGUUGGAAUCCGGUUUGCGAGUCGAAUCUGUCGACGGUGCGAGUUCUGCCUCGCCGGUACGGAGCAGUACUGUGUGGCUAGUACGAACCAUCUCCACCACGAGGAUGGAAGCUUUCAGCAGUAUAUCGCCCUCGAUGCGGAUUACUUGACGCUUCUACCGGAUGAUGUUGAUCCGAAGGUUAUGGGACCGGUGCUUUGUGCGGGGUUGACGGCUUAUAAGGCGGUUCUGAAUACGGAUGUUCGGCCUGGGAAUUGGUUGGUUGUUGUUGGGGCGGGAGGUGGACUUGGACAUUUUGCUGUGCAAUAUGCAAGAGCACAAGGUGCUUUGGUCAUUGGUGUUGACACUGGUGCUGGUAAGGGCGAGUUUGUCAGAAGUCUCGGUGCGCAGGAAUUCAUCGACUUUGCCACUGAGGAUCCCGUCCGGAGGGUUCAGGAGAUUACGGGUUUGGGAGCCCAUGCCGCGGUAGUGACGGCAGGCAAUGCGAAGGCGUUCGCGCAUGCUUGUGACAUGCUUCGUGUGGGUGGUACUUUGAGUUGUGUGGGUAUUCCCCCUGGGAAGCCAUGCCUGGAGACUCCGAUUUGCGCGAUUGUGAUCAAGGGUCUGAAGAUCACGGGCAACCUGGUUGGGUCGCUGAAGGAAUGCAUGGAAGCUGUUGAAUUGGUUCGACGGGGUGUUGUCAAGCCUGUGGUCAAGGUUCGGCCGUUUAGAGACUUGCCGCAGAUCUAUGAGGAGAUGGAGAAGGGUGAUAUUGCGGGACGGAUUGUGCUUCAGAUUACGGAGUGA